CAUCAACUUUUAAAAACAUACUUGAAAUAGUAACAUUUCUCCUGAAGAGGCAAUAAAAUAGCACUGUUUGCCCGCACACGAAUUCGGAAUAUCAACCCUGUAAUUUGUGUACUAUAACAAAAACACUAGAGUUAAACAUAAUAGGUACUAUUGGUAUGUCAUGGGACAUAGUUACGUUGUUAGAUAAAACAUAGAUUUUCAUAUCUUGUUUUACAUUUUUGAUUUUUUGUUAUCUGUCUUUAAUUUGUAUUUAACUUGAUUCGGAUUGUGCAAGACAUCUUACCAGAACAAACACAAAGAAGGACAAACGAUGCAAGCGUUAGCUGUAAUAACAGUGCUGCUCUUUGUUCAAAAUGCUGAAGGACUAACAUGUUUGAAAUGCGAUGGUGUUCCAACGCCGCGGAUAUGUAACAAGGUAGUGGAGUGUUAUGAUGGGGAGUUAUGUAGUGUCGAGAAAGUGUUGAAUGAGUUUGGAGAACAUGUUUAUAACUUAGGAUGUCUAUCAAAUAAGGUUUGUAGCAACUUUACAAGUAUCCUUCAGUCACCGACUAUAACGUGCUCUGAGUGUUGCAGAUCUGCCAAUCUUUGUAACUCAAAAGGUUGUGGUGAACAAGGUUAUCCAGCAGAACGAGGUCCUAUCUGUUAUAACUGUCCUUUACAUACCGCCACAGGAAGAUGUCAUGACAUAGAAUUUUGUUCGCCUGGCGAGGUGUGUAACAUUGUAGGGAAGAAUGUAUUUUCAGAUGUUGUUUAUACUAGCCGCUGCAUAUCAAAACACGCUUGUAAAUCAACAGAGGAAAAUCACGUUGCUAUCAUCGGUAAACGGGAUGUUGGCAUGGAGAAGAGGAGUCAUGGACAACACAUCUGUGAUUUGUGUUGUGAAGUUGAUGUUUGCAACAAAGAUUGCACGACUGCUCGUCUUAAUAUUGAUCCCUGUCGCUCCAGUCCAUGUUAUCAUGGCAACUGUACAUUGGACGGAGGAAACUUCAAAUGUGAAUGCUACCACGGCUAUAAUGGAGCUCUCUGUGAAAAGGAUAUUGAUGAAUGUAGCUCAAACCCAUGCAAUAAUGGAACAUGUAUUGAUGACAUCGGAACUUACAGCUGUGUAUGCUAUGAAGGAUUCAGUGGACCCAGAUGUAAAAGUAUGCUAUCAGACUGUUUAGACGUUUUGCGUCAUGGCGGGAACCAAUCACUUAUAGACGGCAUCUAUAAAGUCAGGACAUGGAAAACACAACAAGUUAUCGAGGUGUAUUGCGACAUGACCACGGACGGCGGAGGUUGGACCGUCUUCCAGUAUCGCUUUAACGGAACUGUUGAUUUCUACAGGAAUUUGUCUGAUUAUGAAAAUGGCUUUGGAGACUUAAACACAGAAUUUUGGCUAGGUUUGCGUUAUAUUCAAGAAAUUGCCAGCAAAGAAUCCACUUACUUACGUAUCGAUUUAGAAGCACCAAAUGGUACGAUGGGUUACGAAACUUUUGAUAAUUUUUCUCUUUCCAUCGGACCAGCGUACACACUUCACCUAGGAAGAACGAUAGCUUCAUCCAGAAUUUUCAGCCCAGACGAUUUCGGUCCAUACCACCGAGGCAAUGCUUUCAUCACUUAUGACCACGACAGAAAUAACUGUGCAGUCUAUAACCAUGGUGGUUGGUGGUAUAACAAUUGCCAUCAUGCUAAUUUAAAUGGACGUUACUUAACACCAGGAACCUCAAAUGAUAAAGCUAUGGUUUACGAAAGUUUCUUGGGUACUGUCUCCUUAAAAUCAAGCAAAAUGAUGAUGAGGAGAAAAUGAAGCAACGUUGUUUGACACAUAAUAAAAAUACCGUGACAGUGUAAACAAUUAUCAGAAGCUAAUAAGUCAACAACAUCAUACCCGUAGCUGUGUUUUUACGAUAACCUGUGUGCGCAAAAACAUGUUUUUUCUUUUUUUUUGUAACGUCGUUUGUUCAACAGUAUUUCAGUCAUGUAACGGCGGGCAGUUAACCUAACCAGUGUUCCUGGAUUCUGAACCAGUACAAACCUGUUUUUCGCACGUAACUGCCAACUUCCCCACAUGAAUCAGAGGUGGUGGACGAAUGAUUUCAGACACAAUGUCUUUUAUCAAAUCAUCACGGAGAACAUACGCCUCGCCCAGGGCUCGAACUCACGACUCAGAGAUCCGUAGAUCUGCGCACAAACAUGUAUUCUAGCAUAAAACUGCUGUUAUUGUCGCUUUUUGGGGUGUUUUAACAAGAGAGAAAACGUGUGUUAACAGAGAGAUUCUCGCGCUCACGUGCUGUUAUAACACCUUUUUAUAUAUGCGCGUUCCAUGGCAAAGCGUAAACGUAUUACGGCCCCAAAACGGAUAAUUCAAAUGGAAAGGACUGUAUUAUUAAAACUUGCACUAUUUGUUAAAAAUGUUAUGCAAAAGGUAAGGUAAUAGUACCACCUUCCAUUAAAUGUAACUUUAUAAUCAAUUAUAUUUUCACAUGUCUAGCCACGCUUAGAUAGAAUUAUCAUUUUGAAUAUGUUUGAACUGCCUUGGAACUGUUUUGUGGAAAUUGUUAUUAUGCCAUGCAGAUGCCCUUAUGGGCCUUGUAUUAAAAAUAAACUGAAACUGGAAAUGACGUCAACGUGAAACAUCAACUCAGAUAUUCCCGCGCAUUUCAUGAACAUUUAAUGACGUUGAGGUAGAAUGUAUUCAUUUAUUAGUUUUUUCGCGUUUUAUGCUAGAAUAGCGUUAGCGCAUGUUCAUUUUGUGUUAAAACAUCUUCGGAAUCCCCCAGGAUACGUUGGUACCCUCGCCCUACUGGCUCGGGCACCAACCAAACCCUCAGGAUUCUGCAGACGUUAUAACCCGAAAAAAUAUGCGUUAUCCCUACAGAUAUGACAUAUUUUGGAAAGUAAACCAGGUGUAAUAUUUUUAUUUUAAGACGUUUAAGAUGUUUUUUUUUGCAGAAAUUUUACUUAUUUGAAUAUAAUGUUGUAACUUUAUUUUGUAUCCGAAAGCUUGCAUAUGAAGUAAUACAUGAAUAUAGCUAUAGGUUCAAAUUGUAAAUGGGACUUUUUAAAACUUUAUGUAUCGUUUUUACUUACGUUUCUCGUUUUGAAAUACUUCUCUGUCAAAGUUGUCAAGACUAGCGUGUCGCUUUUCCUUCAAGAAAAUCCAUUCCUUUUGUUUACAAUGCAGAGGUUUUUUUUUUGAAGAUAUAAUAAAACGACAAUUGUACUGUACUGAACCUGUAUUUUGUUGACAGGUACUGUUCGUUACCGUCGCGUUGCGGACCACCAUAUAAUUUCAUGAACAUGUAUUAUUAUACACUUGAUAUCUAAUACACUAACUUACCUAUUUUGUUAAGAAAUACCCUGUAAUGUCUCUGUCAAGUUAGAGCAAAACAUUGCAGACUAUUUAAACAACAUUAUUUAAUACCAUAUAAACCAGUUAUUCGCAUGCGCGGUUGAAUUGUGUGACUUCAUUGACACUGCAACUUAAAGGGUAAAUCAUUUUUUUCUUACGUUAAUCUAGUGUGCUAAGAUGUCUUAAAUAAUCUUAAGUAGUGAAUGAAUUUUCAAAACUGACAUAAGAAUGAGAAAAUUAUGAGAAUUUAAAUAUUUGAUGAAAAAGGCGACAAAAACAAAAUGGCGGAAUUAUUAAAUAUCUUGAUACAUAUAUGCACCUUAUUUUUUUAUUUCUGUAAGUCAAUUUCUCUACUUCUUCCAGCUAUAAUGAAAGAAAUUACAAUGAUUUACGUCUUACACUCAAGAAACAUAUGAAAUUUAUCUAUUUAAAAGGUUAUUUGCUAAAUAAAGAAUUCAGCAGUGCGUAAAUUACGUCAUAUACACACUAAUGACUAGCAAUUAAUUCUUAAGUUUCAAACUGCCUUCUCUUUUUCAAUAGUAGUUAAGUAGUGUUUCCUUUAGACACUACCAUGUGGUGAAUGUUAUGUGCAUUUUUUAUUUCUUUUUAUAGGCAGUUUUAUACGGUGGUAUGUUUAGGACAUUUUUAUUUUUUAAAGAUUAAAUUAUCUCGUACGCACGACAUCUUAUCUUGAGCGAUCAAAAUCUUAUCUCGUGCGCACGACAUCUUAUCUCGAGCGAUCAACAUCUUUUCUCUUGCGCACGACAUCUUAUCUUGAGCGAUCAACAUCUUAUCUCGUGCGAACGACAACUUAUCUCGAGUGAGUAACAUCUUAUCUCGUGCGCACAACAUCUUAUCUUGAGCGAUCAACAUCUUAUCUCGAGCGAUCAACAUAUUAUCUUGAGCGAUCAACAUCUUAUCUCGAGCUAUCAACAUCUUAUCUGGAGCGGUCAACAUCUUAUCUCGAGCGAUCAACAUCUUAUCUCGAACGAUCAACAUCUUA